AUGACGGCAAAGUUAAGAGCCUCCUACCUUUUCCUCCUUCUUCUACCUGGCUUCUCUGGCUUGACAAAUUCCAAGCCAGAGAAGAUGAAGAUGGAUUGCUACAAAGAUGUGAAAGGCACCAUUUAUGACUACGAGGCCUUCAGUAUUAAUGGGAAUGAACGUAUUCAGUUCAAGCAGUAUGCUGGCAAGCAUGUCCUCUUUGUCAACGUGGCUACUUUUUGUACUCUAACAGCUCAAUAUCCUGGUAUAUCCGGCCAGGGGGAGGAUAUGUACCUAAUUUCCAGCUUUUCGAAAAAGGGGAUGUGA